GACAAUGUCAUGGACUUUCUCAAGUCGUGCUGUACGAAUCUACAAGCUGUAGAAGGCUACUCGUCCAUCGACUACCUCAUCUACAACCACCAGGACGCGACACAGGGCCAGAAGAGCGAUUGGGAUGAUCAGGACCAGCGAAAUGACCUUCUGUUGGGCUUGCGACAGCGCCGGGUGCUGGUGCAGUCGGCCGUGCAGCAGAAGAAGGUCUGCGUCUUUGGCGGCUUCCAGGCGGCCGACGACUACAUGAAAGAGCUGGGAUGGCAGGUGCACCAGCGAGGGCGACUCGAGGCCGCUGCCCUGACGCGCCCUAACAACGAUCCCAAGCUCGUCAUGCAGAACCAGCACAUCUUCAGCAUGUUCCUAGCUGCCGUCGAGGCUUCACUGUCCAUCUCUCUGUCUCAGCUCUGCGGCGCCAUUCGUGUAGGCCACCUGACCUGGAUCCUACCCACCGACGGCGACCACCAACUGCUGUCCCUGCGCGCGCAAAUGACCAGCCAAGGCACUCUCGCUCUACUGCCGCACGCGACCAACACUGGCCUAUCUAUUGCGAACGACACCGACGGNCAAAAUGUCUUGCUCGCUCCUUCAGGCACUCCAGCGACAGUCGCAUCGCCCCUGAACCCCCUGGAUACCAACGACGGUGCCUCAUCAUACCAAGCUCGAAGAGAAGCCCGCAUGCGCCUCAGUCGUCGCGCAAAACACGCCAACUGGAAAACCUUGGCUGCCACAAAGUUGGAAAAAGCAAGUCUACCACAUGAUGAUUCCUGGUUGAGAGUCAGUCUGCGGUCGUCUACUUCGCAAGAUCAACUCGAGUGUCUAUGGCCAGGCUCGUUAUGUUUGGAAAUACCUUCCCAACAACUGCCACCCGCGCUGGAUCGAACAGACAGUAUGCACUGGUUUGACUCGAAGGAUCCAUAUCAGAAUCCACUGGAUACUGCCGAGUCCUGGUUCCUCGGACAAGAAGAGCGUGCAAAUCAGGCACAAAAGAUGCGACAAGCUGAGAAGGACAAGGAAAAUGCUGCUAACAACAUACCCGAAGAAGCCAUACCGGAUCACUUGUCGGUCACAUCACCAGUCUACUCUCGCAGUGCACAGGAUCAGAUCAGCGUGAAUGGCAUUUAUCCAACACCGCCCGAUGCCAUACCCCCGAUAAUCUGCGCGGAUCCAUCUAUACCCAAUGUAAUAGUCUCCGACAAUCCUAUCGAAGCAUUACCUGGGUUACCGGAGGAAACUCAAGAUCCAUACCACGAUCAAGACAUGGGACAGGAUAACAAUACCUUGGACGUUGACCUGGAUACUGAAGACUACCAUAAAGAAAGCACGGAUGAUCUGUUUGGAGAUGCCGAUGAAGAAAUGUUUGAGAAUCCUGGUGUGACGGAUGCUGAUUUUAGCUUCUUUGACAAUCCUGGUGGUGUCCCCUCGAUGCCUUCGAUUUCUGGUCCAGCCGAGGAAAUGGUCGAUCCUAUGUCUGACCCUACGCCAAAACCUGAAGCUGUUGUGCUCCAUCCACCACCUGUCCAGGAUGAACUCGAAGACGAUAUUCCUCCGGAGCUUGUGAAGAGCCAAGAGGUACAGAAAGAGACAAAGGAAGAGGAAGAACAAGACUGUCCAGAUGUAAAGCUAGAGGAUGUGCCGGAAGAGGUUGCCUCCACUCCGCCUUUGAGCCCGCUGAAGAUCAAGGACCGGCUUUUACCCGCAGGGCAAGGAGACAAUCAUGUUCCUAGCUUGCGAAGAGACAGCACUUUCCUACCUGUGGUCUUCAAAGGUGAUCUGUCCACUUUUGAUGCCAAGUAUCGAGCCCUUGGAAAAUUCGAUAGCUGUUUUGUCAAGCAGGAACACAGCACGAACAGAUCUAACAGUAUUGCACUUCCUGAGAAGCCGUUCAAAGCACGCAAUUCUUACUCGCUUUCUCAGAGACGCGCUACUGUCGCUGAGGCCAAGCUCACACCUCGGAAUGACGCUUCGCAAGAUGAAUCAGAAUCCGAGACCAGCCAGGAUUCGGACUCGGAGAGUAUGUCGUCUGUCGAGGGCAGUCUUCGGUCGCUUGAUAUCAGGAAAAGGAAACGUGGGUCAGCUGACGAAGGUCCAACCCCAAGAUUUCAUGCCGACUCGAUUGUUGAGAGCGAUGUAGAGAGUGUUGUUUCCGACGCGACCGCCAUGGCUGACCCUGGACCCAUGAUCGACCAGUUGGUGGCUGCAAGAGAAUCUCAGAAUCGUGUCACGGAACAGCAACACAAGUUUUCGGACAAUCUUGCAAUUUGGAGAAUGCCUUCCAAGUCGUUACCAGCUGGUCAAGAUCUGAGCAUCUGGCCUGUGCUCGACUUCACCGCUGAUGAUCUUGUUGACAUAGCUCAGCUCGUUGCUGAACAGAGUACUUUUGCCGGAGCUUGGGAAGUCGAUACUCGAGAAGCCCCCACUAUUACCUCACCUAUCUAUUGUACAGCUCAAGACGCGCUGCGACAAGUUUUCGAAAAGGCGCAAGACUGUGACUUUGCAAGAGUAGGUGCAAUGGCUGCUCAUCACGCUGAGCAAGCGAUCGCGGCCGCUGCAAAGAUUCAGCAACGUCCCGUGCCGCGACGGCCAGGCAAUAUCAGCUCUGUCAUCACAAUACCUGCACCAGCCGUUCACGUCCGUCGAGCAGGACAAGGAUGGGAACUACAGCCGACUGCCAUCAACUUCUGGGAUACACUCGGACUUGAGCCUGCCCAUGGACCAAAAGAUGUCGCAGCAUUUGCUGUAUUCCCGGACAGUGGUGUUUUGAGUGAAGCUGUUGCUGAUUUCUUGCAAGACAUCCGUCUAGCCUACGAGAAUCGCAAACUCGGCAAGCACUAUAUUGGAGGCGAGACUGGCGAGCACGAAGAUGGGUUGUUAGCAUAUCGCUCGCAUGGUGAACCGUCCAUCGUCAACACACUUCAAGGUUUGCAAACGGCUUGCAACGCACUCGGUGAUUUGCUUCACGAUGCCGACCUCGAAGAUACCAUCAUCAUCUACAUGAUCAACCCUUUCGACGACGAGUCUAUGAUCAAGUACCUAUGUGGUUGCUUCCAAGCAAUGCUCAUAGCUUACUCCUCAGACCGCGAAGAUCCGCCACCAUUGAUCUUGCAGAUUGUUCCAAUUAGUCGCAUUGCAUGUCCGACCGCAAUGAUCGUCCCAGACCAGGAUUGGCUAUCUUCGCUUGCCUCUUUCAUCUAUGACAGAGUUCCGCUAGAAAGCAGCGAUAACCAAACUUCCUUUUGGCCCCUGAACUUGUUCCCAAGUAUCCAUCUGGCAUCACCUCCAAGCCGCAAAAUCAACUUUACACUUACGGAACGCACGCCCAAGAAUCUGCUCGAGGAAGCACAGAUUUUGCAUGUUGCGUAUGCUGUCAAUGCAGACAAUAGCUGGCUUAGUGCAGCGUGGACGGACAAUACAGGAUCACACUAUCACAAAGCAUCAUACUGCCUCAGCAACACGGACGGUAGGAUUAUACUCACGGAAGUCAGAGACACGACGUUGAGUCUCGCACGCGACUGUCCCCAUCGCAUCUUUGUUGCUCGCGCAGGCGUCAUGCGCGACUGGGAAAAGAGGAUCUGGCGAGAGAAGCCUUCUGAAAACUGGAGUAUUGCUUUGUUAGACGUGGACAUGAAUCCCGCUCUGCAAGUUGGGGCGAAUACUGAAGGAGGCGGGGUAUUGGGCAUGGGAGCAUUCAUGACUCCAGCUGCUACACCCCAAGCAUCCACCUUCACAUCGCCAGAAACCGGAGAUACCAAGCCGUCUACUCCCGCCGGCGAAACUCCGACCCAACAACAGGAACUCGGUACUCUGCAAACCGACCCAGAUGCCUUUCUCAUCGACAACACGGACGAAACCUGGGGUGUCCUGAUGCCNUUUUCGUGUACCCGCAGCACCACCUUAUCUCGCCCUCUGGCUUCUGGCUUGCUUCUCAAACGCGGCUCUUCUUCCUCGCUCUCUAAUCUGCCUUCCCUGGCGGUAGAUCUGAUGGACGUGAUCCCGCCCCGUGUCUCCGAAAACACCGUUUCGUGGCUUGCACAACGCGCGCCGGAGACUGUGCUCAAAGAAACUAUGGUUUGGUACAGAGGGUUGGGCUUGCUUGGCAGAUUGAGGGGGGUAGGUGGGAGGGGUGCCAGUGGCACGGAAGACGGAAAUGUACCCUGGCAUUUGGGAGUUGCUGUUGCGGGAGCUGAUGCUUUGCAGGGGUUUUUGGAGUAG